AUGGAAUAUUCAUCUAUUCAAUUGAAUGAUUUACCAGAUGAAAUUCUUAUUUAUAUUUUUAAAAAAUUGUCUAAUGCAGAAAUACUUUAUUCUUUAUCAGGUGUCAAUAAACGAUUAAAUAAAAUUGUACAUGACUCGAUUUUUACAAAUGAUUUGUCUCUUUUUAUGUCAACAUCGGAUGGUUUAGUUUAUUCAUUAUCUGAUCUAAUACUUGAUCGAUUUUAUUCACAUAUUUUACCUUCGAUUCAUCAAAAAAUCCAAUGGCUUCAUCUUGAAUCAGUUUCAAUGGAACGUAUUCUUCAUGUUAAAAAUUAUCCUAAUUUAUAUGGAAUUAGUUUACAUAAUAUUCAAGAAAAAAAAGCUAUAGAUCUUUUUACUAAUAAAUUUUUGGUUUCAUUAAUUAGAUAA